ACUGUGAACGACAAUUAAUUUUUAAUAACCAUAGUGCGUGGCUGCAUGGUCAAUACUCCGAUAUUUUUUAGUUGGUACUUUUUUAACAAGAUCUCAAGUGAAGGAACUGCUGCAUGGAUCGAGCCAGAAUAUUAUUCAUAUUUUUUCUCUGCAUUGUUGAAGUUUUAGGGCCUUCUCCAUUCGACUGCUCAAUGCCACCUACUGUUCAAAAUGGCUACGUCUCUUCAAGUUCGUCCACUUCAACAACGUACAGCUGUAACACAGGGUACCAACUGUCUGGAUCCGCCACAGCAAUUUGUGAAUAUGAUGAUUAUGAUGGUGCAUUGUGGACCUCGGUACCUACAUGUAUAGCAGCUACGAAUUGUAACUCCCCACCACCUAUUUCUGAUGGAUCCUCUGGAACACCAACAAGGACAACUUACGGAGGAACAGUGAUCUACAGCUGUAAUAUUGGUUAUGUACUGUCAGGAUCAGCUACAGUGAGAUGUCUGGCUAGUGGAAGUUGGAGUACCAGACCAACUUGCACAUCUGUUCCCUGUGGUGAUCCUCCGGCCAUUCCCAAUGGGUCCAGGACUUUUACUGGUACAACAUUUGGAGAUACGGCCACCUACUCCUGUAACACUGGGUACCAACGGUUAGGACCAUCCACAGUGACCUGUCAAGCUAGUGGAACUUGGAGUGAUAGACCAACAUGCUUAGCCAUUUGUGGAUCCCCUCCUUCUAUCUCAAAUGGAUCUCCUGGCACACCCACUGGUAUCAUACAAGGAGGGACUGUGAUGUACAGUUGUAACUCUGGGUAUCAACGGUUGGGAUCAGCUACUGUUGUCUGUCAAGAUAGCGGAAAUUGGAGCCCGAGGCCAAAUUGUUCAGCUAUUUGUGGCUCCCCACCAUCAAUUUCCAACGGUUCACCUGGUACACCAACAAGCACAGUAGCAGGAGGAUCAGUGAUAUACACCUGUAACAAUGGCUACCAACUGUCCGGAUCACCCCUAGUGACCUGUCAGGCUAGUGGAAGUUGGACUGCAAGACCAAGUUGCUCACCUAUCCCCUGUGGUGAUCCUCCGACCAUUCCCAAUGGGUCCAGGACUUUUACUGGAACAACAUUUGGGGAUACGGCCACCUACACCUGUAAUACUGGGUACCAACGACUAGGACCAUCCACAGUGACCUGUCAGGCUAGUGGAACUUGGAGUACUACACCAACAUGCUUAGCCAUUUGUGGAUCCCCUCCUUCUAUCUCAAAUGGAUCUCCUGGCACACCCACUAGUAUCAUACAAGGAGGGACUGUGGCGUACAGCUGUAACACUGGGUAUCAACUAUUGGGAUCAGCUACUGUGGUCUGUCAAGAUAGCGGAAAUUGGAGCCCGAGGCCAAAUUGUUUAGCUAUUUGUGGCUCCCCACCACCAAUUUCCAACGGGUCACCUGGUAUGCCAACAAGCACAGUAGCAGGAGGAACAGUGACAUACAUCUGUAACAAUGGCUACCAACUUUCAGGAUCAGCUACAGUGACUUGUCAGGCUAGUGGGAGUUGGACUGCAAGACCAAGUUGCUCACCUGAUCAGCCGGGCUCUUGUAACGAUCCUCCGACCAUUCCCAAUGGGUCCAGGAUUUUCACUGGCACCACAUUUGGAGAUACGGCCAUCUACACCUGUAACAUUGGGUACCAACUGUCAGGAGCAGCUACAAUGAUCUGUCAGGCUAGUGGAAGCUGGAGUACUGCACCAACUUGCACACCUGUCCCCUGUGGUAGCCCUCCGACCAUUCCUAAUGGGUCCAGGACCUUCACUGGUACGAUAUUUGGGGAUACGGCCACAUACACCUGUAACACUGGAUAUCAACGUUCAGGAGCAGUUACAGUGACCUGUCAGGCUAGUGGAAGUUGGAGUACUGCACCAACUUGCCCACCUAUCCCCUGUGGUGACCCUCCUACCAUUCCCAAUGGGUCCAGAACUUUCACUGAUACAACAAUUGGGGAGACGGCCACCUACAUCUGUGACGAUGGCUAUCAACGUUCAGGAUCAGCUGCAGUAAUGUGCCAGGCUAGCGGAAGUUGGAGUAUAAUACCAAGCUGUAAUGUAGCUCCUCAGCCUGGCUCUUGUGACAACCCUCCGACCAUUCCUAAUGGAUUCAGGACUUUCGUUGGUACAUCAUUUGGAGAGUCGGCAUUUUACACCUGUAACAGUGGAUAUCAACGUUCAGGAUCAGCUACAGUGACCUGUCAGGCUAGUGGAAGUUGGAGUACUAGACCAACUUGUAAAGCAAUUUGUCCUCCUCUCACUCUUGUGAAUGGAGCAGUUGCUUACCUUCCAAGCAGUUUCAUCAUACUAGAAGGAACAGUAGCUCAACACAGCUGUAACACUGGCUACCGUCUCUCUGGAAACGGUACGAGACUCUGCAGCAAUAAUAAUGGCACUGCUGGUGUUUGGAGUUUGCCAAAUUUAUCAUGUAGAGGUAUCAUAAUUCAACUCCGUUUUGGUGAUGUACGUGAUUGCAGUCAGUACACUGCCUCUGAAAUGGUUCAGAAAACUGAUGACAUCACUACCACACUUGUGCAAGGUGUCAUUGCUUCUUGUAAUUGUCGUUUAAACUCAACUUUCUUGUUUAACGCGUUUCUGAAAUGCUUUGCCGAUUCUCCACAACAUGUGACAUACAGGGCAACAUUGUUGAGCUCAAGUGAUCUGUCCACAUCAAAAGUGCUUGAGUAUAUAGAGAAUGGAUUCAUUCCACUCCAAGCGUGAUUAUUCAGAACCUUAAUCUCAACCUUAAUGCAACUUGUCCAACAGUUAUUGCUGACUUCAAUAGCUUGGAAUGCCCAGUACAAGUCCCUGUGACCGUUUUGGAUAACAUUGCUGUUAUUACAAGCUCUGUAAUGGCUAUUGUUAUUUUUAUAUUCGUUCUGUUUGUUGUUUUUGUUCUCAUCAAGAGACGUCGAAGCAAAACUGCCAAUAACCGGGACUCUUUAGAAACGACAAGCAGUAACAGAAAUCUGAACACUACCGAAACAAAAAUGAUCAAUUUCCCAACCAUCCCUCGCCCCCAUGUGGGUAUCCCCUCACUCUCUACGGAGUAUGAAGUGCCUGAGGCAACAGCAUACCCAGAGUAUGAUGAGGUAGGACCUCCUGUGGUGAAGGGUGGCAAGAAUCAGUACAGCUUUGACGUGGACCCUUGUCCUGCGUACGGACAAACGACUUUGAAGAAAAGAUCACCUUGACCUCAACUAAAAUGGAAUAAUUAUUGUUUUGUUGGACUAUAUUAUGCUUGACAAUGUAUUAACAUUUAUAUAUAGCACUUACAGUGCCAUGACUGUAAUGUAGAUUAAUUAGUGCACUUAUUUUUAUUGUGUGAAAUGCUGUCAGUAUGUACUUUGAUAAUACGU